CGCACACGCACACACACUAACAAACUAACACACACACACACACACACACACACACACACACACACACUAACAAACACGCACACACGCACACGUACACACACGCAAGCGCCGUUGUUAUUGACGUUCAUGGAGGAGAAUUUUCCUUCUCUUGAGAAAUAAAUAAAAUCUGCUUUAAGAUAAGGGCGACAAUGAGUGCCCCGGCUGGCUCGAUGCCUUUGGCCCCUCCAGCAGAAGAGGAAGCCUUCAGCGGAGGAGCCAGCGUCAAGGAGGAGCUGAUCGACGAAGCGACUGAAGAGGAGAGGUGUGUAGAGAUCAAGGAGGAGCCGUUUGAGUAUGCAGAUAAGAUGAGCGAUGAAGCGAGUGAAGGGAGAGUGAAGCAGGAAAGUCUUUAUUUUCCUGAGCAUGACCUCGGACGUGAAGCAAAUGCAAAGGACUCGCUCGACUCGAACGAGGGUCGUGAUGACUUGUCAAGAACGCCGUUUGUGGCCGAGGACUCUGGGAACAAGAGAUCGUCAGACGGAGAGCAGGCGAUGCGCGAGGAAGAUCUCGAGGACGACCAACGGGGCGCGGAAGCCACAGUCAAGCCUUUUGCGUGCGAGGUGUGUGGCAAGACAUUCUCUCAAAUGAGAUAUCUCAAUAUUCAUAUGAGGGUACAUACCAAGGAGAAGCCAUACAGCUGUGAGAUUUGCGACAAGGCCUUUUCGCAUAAGACUAAUCUGUUGAACCAUACGAGAGUCCACACCAAGGAAAAGCCCUACAGCUGUGCCAUAUGCAACAAGGCCUUUUCAGUGAAAACCAACCAAGUAAACCACAUGAGAGUCCAUACAAAGGAGAAACCCUACAGCUGUGAGAUUUGCCAGAAGGCCUUCUCUUCGAAAAGCGUUCUGGUAAAGCACAUGAGAGUCCAUACCAAGGAGAAGCCAUACAUCUGUGAAAUAUGCAACAAGGCCUUCUCACACAGAACCAAUCUUUUGAACCAUACGAGGAUACAUACAAAGGAGAGGCCAUACAGCUGUGAGAUUUGCAGUAAGGCCUUCCCUUCCAAAAGCAACCUAUCAAAGCACAUGAGAGUCCAUACGAAGGAGAAGCCAUACAGCUGCGAGAUCUGCAACAAGGCCUUCUCGCACAGAAAUAGUCUGGUCAACCACAUGAGAGUGCAUACAAGGGAGAAGCCAUACAGCUGUGAAAUUUGCCAUAAGGCCUUUUCGUGGAAAAAUUACGUAGAAAAGCACAUGAGAGUGCAUACAAAGGAGAAGCCAUACACAUGUAAGAUCUGCGACAGGUCAUUCUCCUUCAAAAAUCUUCUGGCAAAACACACGAGAGUACAUACAAAGGAGAAACCAUACAGCUGCGAGAUCUGCAACAAGGCCUUCUCGUGGAAAAGUAAUCUAGCCUGUCACAAGAGAGUACAUACAAAGGAGAAGCCUUACUGCUGCGAGAUUUGCGACAAGAACUUCUCACAUAAAGUUAGUCUAUUGAAACACAUAAGAGUACAUACAAAGGAGUAGCCAGUUGGGAAAUAAGUCAUCGAGUCGGGCACAUGAGAGCACAUACAAAGGAGAAGCCAUACAGCUAUGAGAUUUGCAGUAAGGCCUUAUCACAUACGUGUCUAUUGACCAUAUGAGAGUACAUAUAAGGGAGAACCCAUAAGGUUGUGAGAUUUGCAACAAGAACUCGCAUGAAACUAGCCUAGUUAGCCACAUGAGAGUAUUAUUUACUAAUGUCAUUAUCAUUAUGGUUGUUAUCAUUAUCAUUAUUAUUGUCAUUAUAUCAUUGCUAUUAUUAUUAUUAUCAUUACCAUACUCACUUUUGUUAUUAUUUUAAACCUCUUUCCAAAGGCAUCGAGAUGACAAGUAACUGAGCAGUGUAAACUGUUUACACUGUUUACACUCUCUAUUUCUCUCUCUCCCUCCCUCCCUCCCUCUCUCUCUCUUUCUCUCUCUUCCUCUAUCUCUCUCUCUCUCUCUCCCGCCCUCCC